GAAUAUAUGGAUAGGGAGAAGCUGGAACGUCGUUACUUCAUCCAUAAAGUUCCCCUUGAUGGCGUGAGUGUGUUUAGUUUGGUUAACAGAGUGGGGGUUUUCUCUGAAUCGUGACGAAAAAUGGUUGCUACAUAGAUCGCGGAUAUCGUUCUUAGUGAUAUUUUAUUGUUUUGUUCUAUAAUUAUUUUGAUUUGAUUGUGUAUAAUUAGUGAAACAAAGUAUAUGAUGGCCCACGGAUUGAAUUCGGUUAUAAAGAGAACUGUAACAAGUACAAAUUGUAAAAGCGAAGGUAAAGGCAUUGGAUCACGUAGGAUUUUUGCUCCUCAUUUCAAAUUACAAGUACUAGACUCAUAUAGAAAUGAUGGGGAUUGUAAAGGAAAUCAGAGAGCUACAGCAAGGAAGUAUGGAAUACACAGGAGACAAAUCCAAAAGUGGUUACAAGUGGAAAAUACCCUCCGUAAUAGUGUCAGCAAAGAAAAAUCAGAGUGUUUGCAAGUAGAAAAUAUUAUUCGUAGUUGUAUAAGCAAGGAAAAAUCUGAAUGUGCGACAGAGACAAAAAUAUGCGAGUUCGAGUUGACCUUGAACGUUAACAGACAGCGGGACGACGAUAUGUUCAGCAGCGGUGUCGAAGCUCGGGUUCCGGCGCUAACGCAAAGCCCUUUGGCGCCCCCAUACGCCCCGCCGCGACCCCUCCCCCUCGACUUUACGACUCGUAGUCGAGGCUCAGACCACACCAGCCCGAAUGUCGCCAGGCCAGAAUCGCCCCGCUCUCCUCUGGACCCCGCAACACCGAUAGAUCUCUCAUUUAAAAGACCUACUUCGAUGACCAGCGCACCUGUGUUAUGUUCCGCCGCCCCGCUCACUCCUCACGUCUCUCACGAAACUGGCCAAUGUAUAUAUUUUCCGAUGUCAAAUUCUCCCUCUGAACAGUAUCAUCCAGAUAUUUGGGAUUUGUCAACUAAAAGCUUAAAAAGAAAAAGUCCCAGUCCAGUGCCAGUGAUUUCUCCGAAGCCUGUUAAACUAUUUAAACCGUACCUUGACGACAUAAAAGAGCCCGAAGAAAUGAAAGAGCCUGCUUGCUGCUCUGCUUCUCUAUCUCCUUGCGAUACUAUAUAUUACAACAAUGUUUGUGAUAUAAAGUCAGACUACAGCAGCUCAUAUACUUUGCACGAACUUCAGCCUAAUUCAGCUAUUAAUUACUAUUAUUACCCACCUUACACCUCCAGUACAGAAUUCGAAUGUAAUGGUUAUUGUUGUGAAGAUAUUAGCUAUGGACAAAAUCUAGCCCCACUAAAACAUAGGCAGAGUUAUAGUUUAGAUUUCAAGUUAAGUGCCAUAGAUUGUUACUAUCAAGACUCUAUUUGCAAAGGAAAUCAAAGGGCUGUUGCCUCCAAGUACAACAUUCACAGAAGGCAGGUACAAAAAUGGUUAAAACAGGCCGAGGAAUUGAGACACAGAAAUGAGUCUAUGAAGCAGAUACAUGCUGUAAGGUAGAUAAUCAACAGGUAGGAUGCUACAGAAUUAAUGGUCAAUUUCAAAAAUUAUAUUCUUGUAUGAUUUAAACCUAUUUUAGAAAGGGAAUAUCAAUAAUAGAAAAAAACUUGAAUAGAAAUGUAGCAUGUAUUAUAAAUUUGAAAUUUUUCUGAGAAAGAGCGCCGCUAAAAAAUGUACUAAUUCAUGACAGCAUAAACCUCCAAAUUAUUCACUAUAAUCAACCAAUAAAAAUAUACCAUAAUAAGAUGUGAAAAUACAAACUGCAGAAAGAAGCUAUCAACAAUAUCGAAACUCUAGUCUCAAUUAUUUGUGAAACAGCACCUAUUGAAUCAAAAAUGGAAAUAUGUAUGAUAAACAUUCCAACUGAAUGUGAGUUCAAUCCUUUAUAUUUGGCAAUAUAGAAGAUGGCAGUAAGUUUGCAGAUUUUCCUGUGUUUAUACCAGAAUCAUGUAUAAUGGAUGAACUCUGCUAAGUUUAACAGGAUAGUGAAAACCCUGAUUAUUCAUAGAGUGUUCAGUUCAUGUAGCGCUGGUAGGAAACGCUAUAUUAUAGACAUGACAAGAGAACAGAUAGCUAAUAUUUCAAGAAAUGUAUCUGCAACAUCAGAAUUGGAAUAAGGAUAUAAAAAAAAAGUGAAUUAAAAAUUUCUGAAAUAUUUCAAAUAAUUGAUUAACAUGUGAGGUCAUAAAGGUUGUCCAGAAUUAUUUACAUUAAUACUAGAUCUGAUAUUACAUCCAAAGCUAAAUAACAAAGUGGGAACAACCCUUUGAAGGGAUGAAUUGACAAAUGUGUGUAUAACGAUUUUGAUUACAGAAUUUAUGUAGCAAGUGUGAUUAUAAGAUAUCGGGACAAACAAUUUCAUGUCAUCACUUACCAGAAAAAUAUAUCUAUACGUUCGAGUUUUAAUAAAUAGAAAAGGGUGAUUUCCACUGAAUUAUUACAACUGUAACUUUUCUAGCUAGAAAAUUCGAAGCAAAACAUUAUUUGAAUAAUGUCUUGAAAUAAUUAGAAAUAAUUCUCACUUUCUCUCUGAAGCUUCUUUGCAUUCAAAUAAGAUGGGGUAGUUGAUGACAUUAAAUUAAUUUUUCUAAUAUCUUAUAAUCAUUCUCAAAAUAUGAACCAUAUCAUAAUCAAAACCUCUUAGCAGAUAUUUUAAUUCAUCAUUUUAAAGGUUUAUUUUAUUUGGUUUUAAAAACAAUUUUACAUAAAGAAAUAGGUGUACUUAUUUCUGUAAGUAUUGUUGAAUAAAGUAUAAAAAUAAAUGUAUACAAUUCUGAAUCAAAAUAUUUUUUUUAUUAUUGAAUGGUUAAUAUAAAGACAAGUUCAAAGUUAAUUUCAAAUUAUUAAUAUACUCUUAAAUUCAACAUUAAGAAGUUUUUUUGAAAUUAAAGAGAAGUUCUUGUCUAUCCUUAAAUAGGAAAAUAUGACUACAAGCCAUUAAGAGUCUAUUAAUUGUUAAGAAGUAACAUAUCCGAUUUGUUUAUUUGCCUUAUACAAAUAUCGGUGCUAAUUUAAGAAUUAUUGCUCAGCAUAUGACAAUGUGCCUUGUUAGAUUGUAGGAAAUUAUGUGCCAAAAAAUUAAACGGGAGACAGCUGUUGAUAUACCUGAAAUUAUGCAAUAUAUUUAGUAUUCUAUUUUUGAAACUGUCCUUUGUCUUCCUUAUGUUUGCCAUUUUAUAAAAUAAAUCUUGGUGUGUAUGCUGCCAAGUUUCUUAUUUAUUAUUUAUUUUAUAAUUAUGUGUAUAUAUUUUGUAAUAAUACAAUCUACUUAACAGAUUUAUUGGGUAUUGUUUAAAAGUUCUCAUUUACAAAAAACGGCAAGUAAAUAUUUAAAAUGAACAAGGUUAUGAAAGUUUUAUAAAAUUUGUUAUGCAAUCUUCUUAGGUAACAAUGUACGAGAAUCAUAUUUAUAUUUUUGUAACAGAUUGGUCUUCUCCAGUUUAACACUGUACGUGGGAUUUCAAAUAUGUAUUAUCCAAGAUAAUUAAGUUUCUAUCAAUGCUGAAUGGUAGAGAAUUGUGAAAAUGGUUAGUAAUAUUUCUAUUUUCACGGUUAACUAAUUCAAAACAAAUUUUCUUUUCCAAUCAUUGUUAUGCAUAUAUCAUUGGUUAGGUUUAACAUAAAUAAACCGAAAAAAUAGAACAAGUCAAAUUUGAUCAGACAUUUUCCUUGCUGUUUUUUACUAUUCAAUUUUGUAAUUCUUUCAAAUAUGAAUUUGCAAUUUACUUAUGUGAUUUUGUUAGAUAUGUAUAUUAUAGUAAUGUGAAUUUUGUAUAUACCGAUCAUGCAUAAAUAUACUGUGACCAUCAAUAGGUUGUGAAAACAGCAUUGAUAAAAUUGUUUUUUACCUUAUUGUAGGUAUAUUUUUCAGCUUGGCUGAUUGUAUGAAACUUUUUAUAGAUAUUGUAUUAUUUUAUAUGAGAUAUUUUAUAAAUGAUAUUAAUAAAAAUGUACAUAUUUAA